CGCGGCCCGGCUCCGCGUCGGGAGCGCGCUCUGUGUGGCUGCUGCCGCCAUGUUGUUGUGGUUGUGAGAAGGCGGCGGCAGCGGCGGAGGAGCAGCCGGACCAGACGCUCCAGCGGUCCAGGCGCUGCCCCCCCGCCGGCCCUGGCUGGGAGCCUCGUGGGGUGGCGGAGGAGGCCGUGCCGUGGGGGGCCUCGCUAUGUCCUGCCGCCCGAUGUUCUUGUGAAACCUUCUAGUAGAAAAAGUUCUUGGGACAAACUUCAUUUGAUCCAGGCAUAAAGGAAAGAAAAGUCUUGCCAGACUGAAGAAGGAGCGGGGAUCUCUCCUCCUAAUCUGGGCCUCCUGUCAUGGAUGCGGAGACUCGGCACAGUCUUGAGUGCAUCCAGGCCAAUCAGAUUUUUCCCAGGAAGCAGCUGAUCCGGGAGGAUGAGAAUCUUCAGGUUCCUUUCCUUGAACUUCAUGGAGAAAGCACAGAGUAUGUGGGCCGUGCUGAGGAUGCCAUCAUUGCCCUUUCUAAUUACAGACUUCACAUCAAGUUCAAGGAGUCGCUUGUUAAUACCUCCUCUCAGUCUACUGCUUCUGAGAUCCCAGUUCCAUUACAGCUUAUAGAAAGUGUUGAAUGCCGAGAUAUAUUUCAGCUUCAUUUGACUUGUAAAGACUGCAAAGUUAUCAGGUGUCAGUUCUCAACCUUUGAGCAGUGUCAAGAGUGGCUUAAGAGACUGAACAAUGCAAUUCGACCACCUGCUAAAAUAGAAGAUCUCUUCUCAUUUGCAUACCACGCUUGGUGCAUGGAGGUCUACGCCAGUGAAAAAGAACAACAUGGAGACCUGUGCAGACCAGGGGAGCAUGUAACGUCAAGGUUUAAAAACGAAGUGGAGCGGAUGGGUUUUGAUAUGAACAAUGCCUGGAGGAUUUCCAACAUCAAUGAGAAGUACAAGCUGUGUGGUAGUUAUCCACAGGAGCUCAUAGUGCCUGCCUGGAUCACUGAUAAAGAACUAGAAAGUGUAGCAAGCUUCAGAUCCUGGAAGCGCAUCCCUGCCGUUGUCUACAGGCACCAGAGCAAUGGAGCUGUCAUUGCCCGCUGUGGACAGCCGGAGGUCAGCUGGUGGGGGUGGCGAAAUGCCGAUGAUGAGCACCUGGUGCAGUCAGUAGCUAAAGCUUGUGCCUCUGACUCCCGAUCAAGUGGCAGCAAGUUGUCAACUAGGAACAGUUCUCGAGACUUUACCAAUGCGGGAGACCUUUCUGAUGUGGACUUUGAUUCUUCUCUGUCAAAUGCCUCGGGAGCAGACAGUUUAGCCAUCCAACCGCAGAAGCUUUUGAUCUUGGAUGCACGCUCCUAUGCAGCAGCUGUCGCAAACCGAGCCAAAGGGGGAGGCUGUGAAUGCCCAGAGUAUUACCCAAACUGUGAAGUUGUAUUUAUGGGGAUGGCAAAUAUUCAUUCAAUUCGGAGGAGUUUUCAGUCUCUGCGGUUGCUCUGCACACAGAUGCCAGAUCCGGGAAAUUGGCUCUCAGCUCUUGAAAGCACAAAAUGGCUCCAUCACCUCUCUGUGCUUCUGAAGUCGGCACUUCUGGUAGUGCACGCCGUGGAUCGUGAUCAGCGACCGGUGCUAGCACACUGCUCAGAUGGCUGGGACCGAACCCCCCAGAUUGUGGCAUUGGCUAAGCUCCUACUGGACCCUUAUUACCGAACCAUAGAGGGUUUCCAGGUUCUCGUGGAGAUGGAGUGGCUGGAUUUUGGCCACAAGUUUGCUGACCGGUGUGGUCAUGGGGAGAACUCGGAUGAUCUGAACGAGCGUUGCCCAGUGUUUCUGCAGUGGCUUGACUGUGUUCAUCAGCUUCAGAGGCAAUUUCCUUGCUCUUUUGAGUUCAAUGAAGCAUUCCUUGUGAAACUGGUGCAACAUACCUAUUCCUGCCUCUUUGGAACAUUCCUGUGCAACAACGCCAAGGAGAGAGGGGAAAAGCAUACUCAGGAACGAACAUGUUCUGUGUGGUCACUGCUUCGAGCCGGCAACAAGGCUUUCAAAAACCUACUCUAUUCCUCUCAGUCAGAAGCCGUGCUGUACCCUGUGUGCCACGUGCGCAAUCUAAUGCUGUGGAGUGCGGUGUACCUGCCCUGCCCUUCCCCGUCCACCCCUGUGGAUGACAGCUGUGCACCAUACCCAGCCUCUGGCACCAGCCCUGAUGAUCCGCCCCUGAACCGGCUACCAAAGACUAGAUCAUUUGACAAUCUGACCACAGCCUGCGACAACACAGUGCCUCUAGCCAGCCGGCGCAGCAGCGACCCAAGCCUUAACGAGAAGUGGCAGGAGCACCGGCGCUCACUAGAACUGAGCAGCCUGGCUGGUUCUGGAGAGGAGCCUCUUGAUCCUGACAGCCUGGGGAAGCCAACCAAAGUGUUGGGCGGUGCUGAGCUCUCGGUUGCAGCUGGAGUGGCCGAGGGGCAGAUGGAGAACAUUUUGCAAGAGGCCACCAAAGAGGAGAGUGGGGUAGAGGAGCCUGCCCACGGGGGGAGCAUCGAGAUGCAGGAGGUCAAAGAGGAGGUGCUCUUAGAAAAGGAGAGCAGAGGGAAGACCCGUGAGGGCUCGGCCAUUGUACUUCAUCAAAACCCAGAACUGGAUGCUGCUGCUCUGAGGAGCCAUCCUGUUCUUCCCACUUCUCUCCAGGAGCCCCCCAGGGGAGAGGAUGUCCAGGAGGUCCUUGUAGAACAGCCUCAAAUAGGAGCUAUCGCAGAGGACAGGGAGGAAGCACUUCUUCCAAUCCCAGUAGAUGCACAAGUUGGCUAUGGUACCUCACAGUCAAGUUCUCUGCUUCCCUCCCAAGGCCCAUUUGAGGCCAGAGGACCAAACGUGGACAGCUCCAUGGACAUGUUAAUGGAAGAUAAAGUGAAGUCAGAAAGUGGCCAUCUUAGACCUUGCCUGGUAAACAGUGGCAGGUUCAGUGGCAAGGACAUGCUUCCUCAAGCCUUGGAGCCCAGGCCUUUGGAGAGGAGCCUGGCAGAGAGGCCCCAUGUGGGAUCUCUGGUGCAUAGGACUUCCCCUGGCAGCACCCACAGCCCAGUGCGUUCUCCUUGUGCCUUGCCUUUAGCUGAAUGUAAAGAGGGGCUUGUAUGCAAUGGUGCCCCAGAGACUGAAAAUAAGGCCUCAGAGCAGCCCCCAGGGCUUAGCACCCUCCAGAAGUAUCCCACCCCUAAUGGGCACUGUGCCAAUGGGGAGGCUGGUAGGAGCAAAGACUCACUGAGCCGUCAGCUGUCUGUCACAAGCUGCAGCUCUGCCCACUUACAGUCAAGGAACAUGCACCACAAGUGGCUGCACAGCCAUUCAGGGAGGCCGUCUGCAACUGGCAGCCCUGACCAGCCUUCCCGCAGCCACCUGGAUGAUGAUGGCAUGCCUGUGUACACGGACACUAUCCAACAGCGCCUGCGUCAGAUUGAGUCAGGUCACCAGCAGGAAGUGGAGACCUUGAAGAAACAAGUCCAGGAGCUAAGGAGUCGCCUGGAGAGCCAGUACCUGACCAGCUCCCUACGCUUUAAUGGGGACUUUGGGGAUGAAGUAACUUCAAUCCCCGACUCGGAAAGCAAUCUGGAUCAGAACUGUUUGUCUCGCUGCAGCACAGAGAUUUUCUCUGAAGCCAGCUGGGAGCAGGUGGAUAAACAGGACACAGAGAUGACCCGUUGGCUCCCUGACCACCUGGCUGCUCACUGCUAUGCGUGCGACAGCGCCUUCUGGCUUGCCAGCAGGAAGCACCACUGCAGGGACACUGACCGUGUUGAUCAAACGUGGAAUUGUGGCAAUGUAUUCUGCUCCAGUUGUUGUAACCAGAAGGUUCCAGUUCCCAGCCAGCAGCUCUUUGAACCGAGUCGAGUGUGCAAGACUUGCUAUAGCAGCCUGCAUCCCACAAGCUCCAGCAUUGACCUUGAACUGGAUAAGCCCAUUGCUGCCACUUCAAACUGAAGCUCAGUGACCUGGGGUGGGCAGAGGCCAAGCUGUUGUUCCUCUGACAGGCCCAGACAGCCCUGGCAGACUGAGAGGCCCGUGCACUUUGGAAUGGGGGCAUGGAACCACCUAUGCAGAGUGACAGAAAUUUGGGAUGUACCACUGGAUUGUAGAUUGAUUUUUCUUUCCUGGUUUUUUCUCCCUUUUCCAUCCUCCCUCUGCCUCCAAAAAAGAAAAGAGUCCCUUGGUUGUCUUAAUUUUUUUUUUUUUUUUUUGGAUGGAAGACCAGAGGUUGCCAGGCCCCUUGUAACUAUUGAGCUGCCUGCUGUCAGGUGAUGCUGAAGGCUGGCUUGGUUCCUCAGGAUGGGAGGGGGCCGGUCAGAGUCAGGAGUGGAGGCCUGAGAUAGUGAGCAGGGAAGAAACCCAGUGCUAAUGUUUGUGACCAUUCCUCGUGCCAGCGCCACAUCAGAGCUUGUUGGGAAAAGCCUUUGCUACUGAGGAGGCUGGAAGCAUCUUCCCUAAGAGAACUGACCCAGGUGCCCUCUCUUUCCUGAGAGGCCAGGCCAGUCCCAUCUUACAAACAGAUAAAUGGGAUUGGUAUUGGAGGGAGGGACACACGGACUCCCUCUGGAGAAGAAAGGUGUAUGCUCCUCUGAGGCAAGUGAGAGGGGCUGGGAAUGGGUGGCCAGCAUGUUCUCCCCUGUGGGAUUCUGUUUUUAACUUGACCCAGAUUGUCUAGGGCUCCCUUCACUGUCAUGGGUCUGCCAGGCUGUGUAGUGCUUCCCACUCUCAGGCAUAAGAGUGCAGACUGGCUGGAGUGCAGUGUCCCGCUGCUGUGGCCAAGGCCAAGGCCAAAGCUUGCCCUGAGGCCAGGCACACUUGGAAGCCCCUUCUGAGGCCUGGUCCCCCAAACAAUCUCUCUUCCUCAGCCAGCACAGGGAAAUCCAGACUCAGGGUUCCAAAACUUCCCCAUUCCCAAACCAAACAAAUCAUGGAUCUCCCUCUUAAGGGGUAGAAUCAGCCUUUUCGAGUGCAAGCCUCUGGAAAAGGGAGCACAUCCCAUACAAUCAGCCUUCCUCCUCCUUCCCUUCUUGGGGCAGCGGGAGGGGUCCAGCAAUCCCCCUGCCCUGCUCCUGUACUGCUGGCCAGCAGUGAGGGGCCACUUGGUGACUCUGCAGGGUUCCUUAGAGAAGUGACACAGCCCGUAGGAGAUUCGGGGCACCUUUCCUCAGUAAGCUUUGAUGUGGUCCCUAAAGAGCCUUAAAUCAAGAAUAUUUGUGGUGGAGGUGGGUAUAGGGAAGGGUGGAAAGGAGUUUAGGUUUGUGCUUUGUAAUCUUGGCAUCCAUGUUUUGUGCCUGCCCUCCCUCUCGGGGGAAGGGCCAUGCUUGGCUCUGCUAAAAGCUGCUAACUGGUACAGAGCGGAUUAUGGUGAGCAGUGGGGGUGAGGCCAGGGAACUCUUCUGACCCUUUGGAAGCAGUUCCCUGGCCAAGGGCAAGCUGUGUCUCAGGAAGGUAGCUCCUGUGUGUGCCUGGGCAUGGUUAAGACGUGGCCCAGAAGCCUUCCCCGGAGCUUUAGGUCCAGGCAAAGCCAAGAGCAUCUGAGCACGUCUCCCGACUUCCCAGUGGCAGCAGGUUGCUCGGAGUUUGAAUUUAGUGAAACAGGGUGUAGUUCUUCUCCACACUCUGUGUGGUCUGGCCGUGCAGGUAGGGAGAAGUCAGUGUAAUUGAAGAUUGUGCAGUUCCUAGUGACAGGUGCCAAGAGGUUAUGAUACGGGUUUCUGGGGUCUGAUGUACAGUGUGAAUAAAUGCUUGCAGCUCUUAGCCCUUUUUUGAUCAAUGAAGCACUUUUUUAUUAAUAUUUUUCUUUGUAUGUAAAGGAGGAACCGUAACUCUCCGUAGCUGUACAUAUAACCCUUUUCUCCUAAAGAGGAGUCAGUCAGUGCUCCUAUAUUUUUCAUUUUUUGUCAAAGCAAGAAGUAAAUACUUUAGAUCUGUUAAAUAUAUAAAUAAAGUGAAUAAAGUUUAGUGUUUCGCAUGGUAGCAUUUGCUAACAUGUUCUAAUUCUUUUCCCUGUGGUUUAUCCCUUCUCCAUCCCUUUUCCCUCUUACACAGAAGCAAUUUGAGGUGCUGCUGGGAAACUGAACUUUGGCAAAGGAAAACUACAGAUUUCUUUUCAACUCUGGACCUUGGCAAGGAGCCGCACCAUGAUGCCCAAGCACUGAAACACAUUUCCUUGAUGGUUUUGCCCCUAACAUCUCCACAGCUAAAAAGGCAAAGCAAUCAGGCAUCUUCACAAUGAAUGGUUCUUCCCUAGCUGAAGAACUGAGCAUCAAGAGUAAUUAAAA